ACAUACCACCCUGCGCUUGUCAUCAAACAACGGUCGACCUCAAACCACCAUCAGAUCGAUCGAGCUUGAAACAAAUUAAGCCACCAAAAGCAACAUUCCCUUGGUGACCGUAGCUAGACUCAUCCAUCAUCCAUGGGAGACGCGCUGUGUGAUCAGCUCCUCUUGGUGGACAGCGACGGCGGCGAGUUCAUCCCCCACCACGCCGACGCCGACGCCGACGACCUCUUCACCAUCCUCGAGACGUGGGAGGGCUGCGCCAACGUCGUCGCCGGCGGCGCCCCCGCGACCACGACGACGUUAGGUAGUCCUAUUGCCGCCGCUGCCUGCAUCUCCGGCGUUGUUGGUGGGCAGAAUCAUCAGCAGCUGCCGGAACCUGCCGCCGCGAAGACCGUGCCAGCCACCAAUAACAAGCGGCGGGAGGAGGAGGUGGCGGACCGUGACGGCGACGGAGACGACGACGACGGUUCGCCGCAGAAGAGGCGCAAGUGCUGCUCGCCGGAGUCUUCGACGACGGACGUGGCGGCGGCGACGACGCCCAAGACGGCGCACAUCGCCGUGGAGCGCAACCGGAGGAAGCAGAUGAACGAGAACCUCGCCGUGCUUCGCUCCCUCAUGCCAUGCUUCUACGUCAAGCGGGGAGACCAGGCAUCCAUCAUAGGAGGAGUGGUGGACUACAUCAAGGAGCUGCAGCAAGUAUUGCACUCGCUGGAGGCCAAGAAGCAGCGCAAGGUCUACACCGACCAGGUGCUCAGCCCACGGCCGCCGGCGACGGUGGCGGCGUCGUGCUGCAGCCCGCGCCCACCGCAGCUCAGCCCCAGGCUGCCGCCGCAGCUGCUCAAGUCCACGCCGCCGCUCAGCCCGCGGCUCGCCGUGCCGAUCAGCCCCAGGACGCCGCCGACGCCCGGUAGUCCCUACAGGCUCCUCCGGCUGCCGCCGCCGCCGCCCCCGGCGUCCGGCUCCAACUACGCGUCCCCGGCGAUGACGCCGACCCACCACGAGACGGCGGCGCCGUCGCUGGACGCCAUCGCCGCCGAGCUGUCGGCGUACGCCAGCAGGCAGGCGCUGGGCGGCGGCCUCCUCCUCCCCGACGUGAAGGUGGAGUUCGCCGGCGCGAACCUGGUGCUGAAGACGGUGUCGCAGCGGUCGCCGGGGCAGGCGGUGAAGAUCAUCGCCGCCCUGGAGGGCCGAUCGCUGGAGAUUCUUCACGCCAAGAUCAGCACCGUCGAUGACACCGCCGUCAACUCCUUCACUGUCAAGAUUGGAAUUGAGUGCGAGCUCAGCGCUGAAGAGUUGGUACAGGUGAUUCAGCAAACGUUCACAUGACUCACGCAUGUUUCGACCGACCAACUGUUGAAGCUGAAAUUAAUUAAGUAUAGCAUGCAGCAGAAACAGAGCGAACAGCCAAGGGAGCACUAGAGUCGACAAUACGUGUUGGGCUCUCUGUGUACGAGUGUGUCUGCAUUUGCGAGAUGAAAUUCAAUUUAGUUUCAAUUCA